AUGCCCACUAUCUUAAGGCGUACCGAUCAGGCGGAUAUAACAACUCAAAAGAUAGGAAGAGGAGAAGAAGAAGAAGAAGAAGAUGAUGAUGAUGAUGAUGAUGCUGCUGCUGCUGCUGCUGAUGAUGAUGAUGAUGAUGAUGAUGAUGAUGAUGAUGAUGAUGAUGAUGAAAAAGAAGAAGCAGUCGUUGGAACAAAACAUUUACUGCAGCUACGUCAGCUGCCCUCGCCAGUGCAGUCUUGGUGCACCGGCCCUGAUGGCUGCGGUUUGUGUUGUGUUCCUGCAAUUGCACAAAUCCGGUCUGCCUUGAGUACCGCUUGUCCAGAGUCGCUGGCUGCCUGUCUGGAAGAGGAAGACUGA